AUGGACUCUACAGCUGAGCAGUCUCAAACUAUUGUGCCUUGUGGAUACGUCUACAACCUUACCGUAACUAGCAACACAUCGGCUAUGGAGGGGUGGUGCUGUGGUACUGCGGCUCGCACUGGUUCGGAUCCAAGAGACGACAGGUUGCUGAACGGAACUUCUGCAAUUACUUGCAAUAAUGGAAACACCUACUUACAGGUAUUCAACGGUACAACAUACGAAGAUGGGUACCUCUGUGGGCUGGGUCUUCCGGGCGCGUAUCAAUUUCCUCUCACUGAGACGAAAAACGCUGCUAGUAGGCUGGGGCCUCGUUGGGCACAAGCCUUCCUUCUGAUCAGUCUACUAAUACACCUCUUCGCAUAA